UUUGGAGGAGGGACUCCUUCAGUUAGAGAAGUGAGGCGUCACAAGUUCCUGGUUUCCAGUGAAGAAGAAGAGAGGCAGCAGUAAACCAUCAGAGCCUCAUCAUGAAAGUCCAUCACACUCUGAUCUGCUUCUUCUUCCUUUCUCUGCAGGAUGGAAACCCUGAAGUCACCAAUGCUCAGAUUCUUUCCUAUGGAGUCAUUGGAGGAAAUGUUACAGUUCCUCUUGUUUUUCAAUCAUCAGGAACAUGGAAGAUGUUCUGCAGAGAAGAUUGUGAAGGAGAAAACAUUCUCAUUAAAACAACUGAUGUCAGAACUCAAACAGGCAGAUACAGCAUUGAAUAUAAAAGAGAAUCAACAGUUUAUGUUUUAUCUGUGAGCAUCUCAAAGCUGACUGAGUCUGACUCUGGACAGUACAGCUGUGGUUUGGGUGGAUCUUCAUCAUCAGCUUCAUACAAACGGUUUGGAAUCUUUGUUGCUGAAGCACUGCUGGAUGGAAACGAUGAUCCUGCUCAGCUGAAACGCUUCAAUAAAGAAACUGGAAGCUCUCUCACAGUCGGAUGUUACUUUAAACAACCUGGAAACAGAAAGAUGUUCUGCAGAGGAGAAUGUGGAGGAGACAACAUUCUUGUUGAAACCCGUAAAGUCAAAGCUCAGAGAGACAGAUACAACAUUGGAUAUGUUUCAGGAGUUCUGUAUGUGAGCAUCACACAGCUGACCAAGUCUGACUCAGGACCGUACACAUGUUACCUGAGUGGUUCAUCCAGAGAGUUUGAGGUCACUGUCACAGACGCGGUCGUCUCAACAGCACAGUUUCACCUCCAUUUCCAGAAGCUUCACACCUUCACCAGCUUCCACUGGAACCACAGAGCAGUCUGGACAGAGUCAGUCUGAGAGAACAUCUACAGGUGGUGUCAGCGGGACACAAACGUCUUCUCAAACUGCUGCAGAUGUUCUCCUGUAUGUGGGCCUGACUCUGGCUGUCACCAUCAUCAUCAUUUCAGUGGCUGUGCUGAUUUCCUGCAAGAAAAGAUCUUCUAAAGUAAAGGACCCUUUUGUUGAAAUAUUACAUACUACGAUCACAGAUGUAAGUGUGAAGCUCUUCUACUCACAUCAUUACAUAAACCUCCACCACCCUCUGCACCCAGAACCUAUGCUGUCAGGGGUCAUGUGCCUGCCUGAUCUGAACUUGAUUGGGCCUCUGUGUUAAUCACAGCUUGUCCAUAACAAACACCAUGUUUGAGCAUAAGGGUGUUCGUGAGUGGACAUUUGGCCAGGACAUGCCAACUCAGGUGAAUGUUGUAGUUGUUUCAGAUCUGUGGCAUCUGACAGAGACUAAUCAGUCACAUCGUCUUUUUCUCCAGAAGAACGUUAAGAGCUUUCUGAGGGACGUUAGAGACACUGAGCUGACAGGUACCGGCAGGCCAAGCAAAGUGCAGCUCCUGCUGUAACCACAGCAACAGCUCAGGUGUGGGAAGAGUUCCACUCACACUGUGUACAAUGAAGAUGCUGACUUCAGCUGAGGCCUCAGUCAGGUGAUGGUAGGAUCAUGGUGGGUCUGUCACCAAAUCUAUUGUUAAUUUUCACCGGAUGGAUGGAAACAAAAAUCUAAUUAGAUGAUUUUUAAAUGAUUCUAACUCUCACUCCACUUUGCAAAGUCCAGCUCUCUACAUCGGAUUGGCUGUAGUUGUGACAGUGAACAUUAAACAGUAAUCUGAGUGUCAGAGCCGAUCAGAGUCAGAGCACUAGUGCAUCUUUAAUGAAUACGCUGCCUGUGAGUGAAGCUACGACACAGAAAGCUGAACACAGACACAAAGAACCAUAAAUGACAACGAAACACAGCAAAGUGGCUCCAUUGGUUUUAUUACAGACACUUUCCUUCCUGUAAGACCUUUGUGACUGAGGCCUUACUCGCCUGCGUGGACUCUUUACUCGUCUAUUCUUUGACCCGGUUUGUGUUGAUGAGCAGAAAUAUUACUGAAAAUGUGACAGCUGAUGAUCAGUUGUGCCUGUUUUCUUUUUCAGGAUGAAGACAACUCCAGGACUGUGAUGAAUGUUUCCGACAAGGCCUUCGGCUUUCUAAACAGCGCCCCCUAUAGUCACACCAAUGAAGUCAUCUACUCUGUACCUCGGGUACAUGUGAGCUCCGAUAGCAGAGAAGUCAUAAUAAUCAGAUCUCACCGUGUUGGUGUUCGUACAACAUAUUAACUUAACUUACUGUGAAGUCGUAGCUUUAACCAUGCAUACAUCUCUAUUUAAAGAAAUAAAUAGAAAGUCUCUGUCAAGUGUUCUGUCUGUGAGGUGCCCACACUUGAAAAAGACCAGACUUUGAAUUUCACUCAAUUUUUGACCAGUUUCAGGUUCAUUCAGUCAAUCAGGUAGUUAGCUAGUUAGAUAGCUGUUUUUAGAUAGGUAGGUGAAAAACCUUUAAACAAAAAAACAAAAAAAAAAAUAUGAUAAUAAUAAUAAUAAUAAUAAUAAUAAUAAUAAUAAUAAUAAUAAUAA